UUCCUUGCCGCCGGUGCUUCCGGUCGCGUGGGUUUUCCGAGGGUGCCGUUUUGCUGGCCCGGUGGUUUGGGCCAUGGGGGUCCCCAAGAGGAAGGCGUCAGAGGGUCCCAGCAGCGCGGCGUCCCCCGCUGGCACAGUCAAGCGAACGCGAGCGGAGGAGUUCACGGGCGUGCGGUUCAAGACCCUGCUGAAGGAUGCGCAGGGCCCAGGACCGGCUUUGGAAGCCUUCGUCUCUGCUGCCAAGAAGCUACCGCAGGAAGACAUGUGUGAUGUUGUCGAGGGCUACAUCAAGAUUUCCAUGGAAUGUGCAGAGAUUUUCCAGCUCCUGAGUGGGGAGAAGCGGCCCGAGAGUGAAAUGCUGUUAAUAUUUCAAGCUUUCGAGGCCAUAUUACUGAGGACAGCCAGUGAUCUUACGCAUUUCCACGUGGUGGGUGCCAACAUUGUGAAGAAGCUGCUGUACAACCACAUGAAGCUCCUCUGUGAGUCCCUGUAUGCGUCUGGUUACAGGAUGGCUCGAGCCUGCCUGGACCUGAUGACUGCCAUGGUGACCCAGGGUCCUGAAGCUGCCAGAGAUGUGUGCAGCUCUUUGGAUUUGAAUAAAAAAGCCUUGUUUGCCUUGGUGACCAAGAGGGAUUCAAAGGGAGUGCAUGACGUCCGGCUGGCCUACAUCCAGUUUGCCCUUUCCUUCCUAAUUGCGGGUGAUGACAACACCAUUGGACAAGUCCUGGAGAUAAAAGAAUUUAUCCCCUGCAUCUUUAGCUCAGGUAUAAAGGAGGAUAAGAUUUCUACCAUCAACAUUUUAUUGUCCACACUGAAAACAAAGGUGAUUCACAAUAAAAACAUCACGAAAACCCAGAAGGUGCGUUUCUUUACUGGGCAGUUUCUGAACCAUAUAGCUGCUCUCUACAACUGGAACGGGAUCACAGAUGUCACUCCAGAAAAGCCAGAAAGUGCUGCGAUAUCAGCUGAAGAGGCGGGGAAAGCCAUGGUGAGGGACCUCGUUCAUAACUUCCUGAUGGAUCUCUGCUGUUCUCGAAAGCAUGGGAUUAGUUUUUAUGAUGCCUCUUUGGGAACUUCUGGCAGAGGAGGCAACCUGACACUCUUGCACUUCUUGUUGAGUUUGAAAACUGCAGCUGGUGAUGACCUGGUGGCCUCACUUGUGGUGAGCAUUCUGAAGGUGUGCCCGGACCUGCUGACCAAAUACUUCAAGGAAGUCACAUUUUCCUUUCUCCCAAGAGUGAAGUCCACUUGGCUAAACAACGUGAAGCUGCUAAACAAGAUCUAUGAGGCCCAGCCAGAGAUUUCCCCGGCCUUUUGGACCAGAGAGUUUAUCCCAUUGCCAAGGCUCCUGGCGAUGGUGAUGGUGACCACAGUGCCUCUGGUGUGCAAUAAGAUCAUGUUCACUCAGGCAUUAAAUUUGGACAGCAUACCUGUAAAACACUCAGCAUUAUCCCUUAUUUCGGACAUUUUGAAGAGAGCAUUAAAAACAGUUGACCACUGUCUGGACAAAGAGACAUGGCAAGAUUCAGACGUGUACACAGCUGAGAUGAUGGAAGAAUUUGUUCAGCUCUUCAGAGAAGCCUUGGGCAAGAUUUUGCCAGAUCUGAACACUGUUAUUUGGGUUUGGCAGUCAUUUAAAAAGCAAGAGAUUAAGGAGGACCAUGAGAAAGGGAAGAAGAGCAGCAGCAAGACUCCUGCUGUCUCUAAAGCUGCCCAGCAUGAUGUUGCAGAAACAAUUCUUCUGAAAUCAGUUCUGCUCCAGGUCAUAUGCCUCUACCAGCAGGUCGUUCCCCACGUGAUCAUGCAGUACAACUUUGACUUCAGCAAGCUCCUAAAAGGCAUCAUCUCUGAGCAGGGCCCUUCUCAGGAGGUCCCGCCCAUCCUGCAGCACCACAUGCUCAAGGUGGCCCUGGAACUGCCUGCUAACAAGUUUUUGUGGCUAAAGGCACAGGAAGGCCCCGAGGCAGAAAUCAUUGGAGGAGAACGCUCGGUUUUUUACCUGCUGAUGAAGAUGUUUGUGAAUAGUAACCAUUUGCAGCUCAAGUCCUCCACUAAGCUUCUGAUCAUGAAGAUCCUCCGGGACACGGGUGUGUUCGAGCACACGUGGAGAGAGCUGGAGCUCUGGCUGGAGCACCUGGACAGCACUGCAGAGGAGCGCAAGGAAGCCGUCAUUCAGUUCCUGGAGCGGAUUUUACUGACACUGGUGAUGAAUCCUUACUCAUACACGGACAAAGCUUCUGAGUUUGUCCAAGAAGCCAGCACCCUGCAGGCCUCUAUGGGGAAGCAAGAUGCAGAUGAUGUCAGCAUCCCCAUCUCCCAUAUUGAUGAUGUGCUGGACAUGGUGGACGUCCUGGUGGAAGGCAGCGAGGGCCUGGACGAGGAUAUUGGGUUCUUGUUAAAUGAAGACAUGAUUCUGCUCACCUUCCCCUUCAGUGCUCUGGUCCCUGCAGCUCUGGAAGCCAGGAAUAAGCUGCUCCUUGGGACAGACUGUGAAGCAGGGGAAAGCAUCAUGGCAUAUAUGACUGCAGUGUUGACCGACCUUCUCCAUACCCAGAGGGACCCCCUAGCUCUGUGUCUUCUGCUCCAGUCUUACGACAAGUUUGAGCCUGUUAGCCUGCUCUGCGGUCAGCAGCUUGCCCAGUUUCACAGAUACUACAGUCUCUGGAUUCCUGCGCAAGCCCAAGAGGCCUUGCCGCUGCAGGUGUCCAGCAGCUCAGGACCAUGUACACUCCCGCCAUCUUCCUGCUUCUCCACGCUGCUGCAAACAGCCUAUGAAAGCCAGACACUUGGGGAUAAGAGUGUUCAGGCACAGCUUCUCGCCGCUGUCCCAAGCCUGGCUCUGCAGCACAUGCUGCGCUCAGCCAAGCAGGUACUGCUGUACCUCAAGAGCACCGUGGAGAACUUCAGCCAGCUGGGCAGAAGUGUGGGCCCAGCUCUGCUUCAGUCCCUCCUGGGCCUCCUUAAGCAGCUGGUCAUCCACGCUGAGCGGCUGGACGCCCAGAACCAGCAGAAGCUAGAGGCUGCCCGGGCCGAGUCGGAUCUCUUUUUGGACAUGGAGUCUGUGGCUUCCCUUGAGUUGGCUACUGACAAGACGAUAGAGGAGCUGCUGCUGGCUAUCCUUAAACAUCCCACACUGGAGACUUGGUUUCUCGCCCUGGAGCAGAAAGCCUUGCCCCCCCACACGCUCAGCCCUAUUCUUGUGAAGCUCCUAGCAGCCCACUUCAGUGCAGGGGUUCUUCAGCUACUGGUGGCAAGUUCCCCAAUUCUCCAUAAACUGGGCCAGUUGGGCCUUCUGGCAAAGUACUCAGAAGCCAUCACUCAAAGUGUGCUGAUAGAGCUCCGCACAAGGACUCUGAACUCAACCUCAACGCCCAAGACUCUGCCUCAGCUGGAGGCCCUGCGAGAGCUGCACCCGUACAUGGAAGGUGUCCAGAUUCGAGAAGUCACCCUGGCCCUACUGGCCCUGCCAGAGGCCCACCUGCUGACCCAGCAAGGCACACAGUCUCUUGGGAAGGAGAGACACUUAAGCAGUCUUGGAAAGACCCUGGUACAACUGCUGGCAAGCAGCCACCAGGAUCAGCUGCAGAGCAGUGAGCUACUCUGGUGCGCCGAGUAUGUGCGAGGCCUGGGGGCUCUGCUCCCCACUCUGGCUGAGCAUGAGCUGGACACGGUAUUCCUUCAGACUCUUCAGAAAGACCCCGUGCUGGCCCCUGUGGUCCCCGAGGGCGUGCUUGAGUACUGCCUGGCCCGACGGACACAGACAGCCCUGGGCAUUGCCAGCCUCCUGCUUCAGUACAGCGGCACCCACCUUGUGAAGUUUGAGCUGUGGUGUGGGCAGCCUGGUGUGGGGCCCACCUUGCAGGAGCACCUAGAUGACUUCUUCCCCCUUAUCCAUGUGUACCUCCAGCACAGGGCGCAAGGAAGCUUCAUGCGGCCAACAGGAGUAUCCUCUGCUGUCACUCCUGUCUUGAAGGCCCUGUGGAGACAAGUGCGAGACAGGUUCUUUCAUAUCACUGGGCCUUCCAAAGAUGCGCUGCAUCUGGAGGCCCUGGCCCAGCUCAUUCCAUUUGCAAGAACCAAGGAUCUGCAUGUCCUCAUGGACCAUUUACCCAACACGCUUCGGACUCUGAGUAAUCACAAGAGUUGGACCCUGGCUGACUCUGUCUCAGCAGCCUUGGCAGAGUCAGCAGAAGAGCUGGGCUCCUGGAGGAAGACCCUCCUGCGGUCCUGUAUACAGUGGCUGGCUGUGUCCUUCAGUGGCAGGGAGCCAGAAGAUGAAAACACCCAGGAGCACGAGAAGGCAAUGCUGGUCCGGUUAAGCGAGUUGUUGCAUGCGGUUAAGGAGGUUGACCCUGGUGACUGGCAGCAGUUUGUGAAGACAGGACUCAAAUUUCGGUACCAUGACCUCACCUUUUUGAAGACUCUGCUCAGUGCCACAAAGCUCCUGUAUGGUCCAGAAAGCUCUGGGCGCACGAAACUUGUCCAGCUUUCAGUGGUCCACAUGAUGCUCACCCAGCACUCUCUGUUUUUGCCAACCAUGUUGUCAUCUGAAGAAGAGGAAACUCCAGACAGUGGAGUAAAAGAAACCCUGCUGGACCUGAUGUCCACAGUGGUGAGGCUGUGCCCUUCUGUCUGUCAGAGCAGCCACUUUGCUGUGCUACUUGGGACCUACAGUGCCACCCUCAGUGUGCUGGACCAGAAGAUUUUACUUCUCCUCCGUGCAUAUGAACAGAACAACCUCAGCCUCAUCAGUUUCAGGGUUCUGCUGUGGGGCCCAGCAGCAGUGGAACAUCACAAGACAUGCCGGAGCCUGGGCAAGUCACUUUGGCAGCAGCCAAGCGUUGGGGACAUCCUCCGCCUGCUGGACCCAGACCGGAUGAUGCAGACCAUCCUGCACUUCCCGCAGUACCGGAAGCUGCUGCCCACGGAGGACACAGGGGAGCCACUGGUGUUUAAGGACAAGACUGCGAGAGUGGACCUCGACAGCCUCUAUGACCCCUGCUUUCUUCUCCAUCUCUUUGGGGAACUGACCAGGCCAGAGUUUGUGGUGGAUUGUCGAAAAUUUUUGGACUCAAACGCCCUGGGUUUAACUGUGGCAGCCCUCAGCAGCUACGACCCCCAGAUGCGAGCUGCAGCCUACUAUGUCCUCGCAGCCUACUACUCACACCUGGAGGGAGCUCGCUUCCGGGAACAGUCCCAAGUUCUGUACCUGCUCGAUGUUGUCCGCAAUGGGAUUAGAACUCCAAACCUGAGGCUCCCUUUCACCGUGGCCCUUUUCAUCGCCAAGGCAGCCGUGCAGAUCUUGAAACCAGAGGAGCACAUGUACUGGAAGAUCAGCAAGUUCCUGCUGUCACACGAGAACUUGAACAUGGACAAACUGCCAGGCUUCUACCAGUUCUUCUACAGCUCUGACUUCCAGCAAAAAACUGAACAAGAAUGGGUGUUGGAAAUUCUACGGCAGGGGAUUAGAGACAAGCACUGCUAUGAGCUAUGCUCUAGAAGAGGCGUGUUCCACAUCAUCCUGUCCUUCUUCAAUAGCCCCUUGUGUGACGAAGUUGCUCAGAAUUGGAUUCUGGAAAUCCUGCAGAAUGUUGCCCACAUCACCAGAUCUGCCUAUGAAGUCAUACGUGACUAUAGCCUUUUAACGUGGGUUUUACACAUCCUUGAGAGCAGAUUUGUAGAGACUCAGCUGCUGUCCAACGUGAUCUCCUUGUUACACACCCUGUGGGUGACCAACCUGGGCAACAAAGCGCCGGAGGAGAGAAGCCAGCCACCUGGCCAGGUCGGCUCCCAGGAAUCCGAGAAGAUGCUUGCCUUGCACAUGGUCAGUGAGUUCCUGUAUGUCCUCAUUGCGCUUACAAAGCACCUGAGGCCCACCUUGGCUUCUGCCCAGCUGAUGAACUUCUUUUGGACACUUGAAUCUGUGCUGAGUUAUCGGGCCACCAUCAUAAAAUUAUUCAAGGACAUGGGCCGAUUCACUGUGAACAAGGUGGCACUUUCUACCAAAGAUGUCCUGAUCCUCUUACACAAGUGGAGCCUCAUUGAAAGAGACACGAAGCUCCAAGGAGAGCUGAAAGCAGUCAUUGAGCAGCACCAAGCCAAGGACCUAAUGAAAAUGCUCAAGGAUAAGAGCAGGCCUGUGGUAGCUGCCCAGGCCCGAGGCCCACGAGGCCGGAAGAGGAGGCAUGGAGGGCUGGAGGAGACUGCUGAGCCCCAGCUGGAAGCAUCUUGCUUGGAGAAAUGCAAGGACCUCCUGAGGGCCACACUGACCCACUGGGGGCCCGGUGACCCCUUGCCUGGUCCCACACAGGGGUCUGUGGGCCAGACUAUCCCCAAGAGUAAAACACUGAGCUCUGCGCAUGCUGCUGUUUCUUUGGUGGCCAGCUGGGUGCUUCGGUCAUUGGCUGAGCGCCCUGUCAGCAGGGCAGAGGUCACAAGACUCCUUGACUGGCUCAAGAGCCACAUUUUGCCACAGCCAAUGGUAGUAGCUGACCUUCUCGGGGACAGCGCCGUGAAGACUGGCAUCUUUAAGCUGUAUAAUCAUCACUGCAGUGCCCAGGGCCUCGUGGGACCUGCACAGGAUGUGGCCUGCAAGUUCAGCACGGUCAUGCUGCAGUUGUUGGUGGCCCAGGGCCGGAAAGAGAGCCCUUUCCACUCGGUGGCAGAGGCCCUGUGCCUUGAUUCUCUGAAUGAAAAGGAAGAAGCCAAACGAGCUCCUGCAGCGUUCCUGGUGUCUCUGUAUGUUAAGGACAUGUGGCUGGGGGCCCAGCAGCCAGAUACCUUCCUUGCUCACAUCCGAAUGGUCUGUGAGGCUGCAAAGGACGUGCCACUUGAUGAGCCCGAGGCCAUUGUUGUGCUCUGCAGGAACGUGGACUCCUCAGCCCAGUGCUUGACUCGCUCCCGCUGAACAGAGCCCCAGCGGGUUCCAGGAAGCUUAAGUGGGUUCCGAGACAGACAUAAACUGAUACAUGCAACUAUUUUCCAGCAAGAAAGCUAAGAGGACUUUAUUCAGCUGACCAACAAGUAAGCCCUUAUAGUCAGAUCUAGUGACUGAGGCACUGCCAGGCCGUGAGGACCAUGGAGGUCUCAGAUGUCUGCCGUCCCCUCCCCUGAAGGCCCUGACAGAGGAGCUAGGUGCUGGUUGGUCAUGGAUUGGUAUUAAAACUGAAAUGUGAAAGCUCUUGUGUCUUCGGUUGUACAUGACACAUGUGUAAAGUUGCCUCUCUUUGCUGUUUUAUUUAAGAAUGUUGAGUCCCUAAGGUAGAAACCUCUACUUUGGGAAGACAUCCUAUUUUUUUAAAGUUAUAUUUCAAAGAGGAUUUUUGAGUUUUAUAAUGUUUUGAUAAUAAAUAGCUAUUUUUGUGA